AACUGCGUAGCAUAGAGCUAAAAAUGUCUGAGUCAAGCGUUCCUGAGAGACAUAGUGAGCUUAGCAGUUCUUCAUAUACCUUAGGUUCCAAAACUAAGACGACAUAUAGUCUGGGGUCUUCAUCAGGGACAGGGUUAAACUCCACACCUGCAGGGUCAGGAGGUACAAAAGAUAUCGCUUCUGGUGUUGGAAUGCUGGAAAGCUUUUCUGGGUCAGCUAGUGGCUCUGGUGGGUCAAUUCUUUCUGACCUUGUUGGGGCUAGAUAUGGUGCGGGUAACUAUUGUGAUGGUGCUGCUGCUGGCUUUGAUAGUGGCAUUGGACUUGGUGCCAGAUGUAGUGGUGGUGGUGCAGGAUAUCCACCCAUCACUAAUGCAACAAUGGAUAAUAGACUGCUAGCUUCCCUGGACCUCACCAUAGAUCCAAAGAUUGAACAGAUCUGCACCCAGGAGAAGAAUGAAAUCAAAAUCGUUAACAAUAAAUUUCCAUGUUUUAAUGACAACGCAAGUGAUCUCGAACAAAGUAACAAAAUGUCGGAGACCAAACUGGCUUUGCAGCAGCAGCCACAGCAGCAGGGAGGAGGCAGUGACCAUCUUAAAUCCUUAUUUCAGGCUUUCAUUAAAAUCUUUCGGAAAAAGCUGGAAAACAUCAGUUCUGAAAAAGGCACAUUGAAUUCGGAGCUACCCAACAUGGAAAAUUUAGUUGAUUUCAAAACAAAAUAUGAAGAUGAAAUUAACAAUCGCACUGCUGCUGAGAAUGAAUCUGUGACCUUAAAGAAAGCACGUGAUCUCGAACAAAGUAACAAAAUGUCGGAGACCAAAUUGGCUUUGCAGCAGCAGCCACAGCAGCAGGGAGGAGGCAGUGACCAUCUUGAACCCUUAUUUCAGGUUUUCAUUAAAAACUUGUUGAGACAGCUGGAAAGCCUCUGUUAUGAAAAAGGCACAUUGAAUUCGGAGCUAUCCAACAUGGAAAAUUUAGUUGAUUUCAAAACAAAAUAUGAAGAUGAAAUUAACAAUCGCACUGCUGCUGAGAAUGAAUCUGUGACCUUAAAGAAAGAUGGCGAUGCUGCUUUUCUGCAGAAAUCUGAACAGGAAGCUAAACUGAAUGGUCUAUGGGAUUAA